AUGCCUCCUAAGAAGAAACCAGCCGUGGCACAAGCUGCGGCCGACGUCGAAGUUAAUAGUUCAUCUCUAUUAAUGCCUGAUGUGUCGUCUUUUGAAGAAAUCCUAAAUAAACGAUUGAACGAACAUGCGAAGGAAUUAAAUGCAAUUAUCGUGAAAUCAAAAGAAGUACUACAUAAUGACAUAAAAGCUAUUCAAGCUAGUCAACAGUUUAUGAGCGACAAAUUCGAUCAGAUAUUAGCAGAAAUGACCCAGAUUAAAGCGGAAAAUGUUCAAUUAAAACGAGAAGUUGAUGAGCUUAAUGCGAAAGUGUCGAGGCUUGAAGAAGAACAAGAAAACAUCAACUCAUAUAGUCGACGGGACUGCCUUGAAUUUCACGGGAUACCACAAAAUUCAACGGAAAACACGGAUGAAUUAGUCAAGCGUGUCGCCAACUUAGUCGGAGUCGAAAUUAAUCCGUACGAUAUAUCUAGCUCCCAUCGUCUGCCAUCUAGAAGAGGAUAA